AUGUCUGGACUCAUGGACAAGGCCAAGGACGCUGUCGGCGGCCAGGGUUCGCAGCCGGGCAACGGCGUCGAGGGCGCAGCUGACAAGGGCGCCAACCAGGGUAUAUCUCCCUCUCCUCCCACGCUGCCCCCCCGCAAAAUCAACCAAGUUGCGAGUGACGCUGGUGUCCCCCAGGGCGCCGACUCUACCAUCGACAAGGCGGCGGAUUCCAAGAUCAACGACGAGAUUCCUGGUGGGAACUAA